AUGGCUUCAGAGUUCAGCAUGAGCCUGGAACCUACAGCAGCACAAGAGGCCAUAUUCAUGCAAGAAGCCAUACAAGUGCGAUGUCUGCCCUGCAGAGUUCACAAGGAAUGCUCACCUGGAGCAGCACAAGCGGACACACACAGCAGCACAAGCGGAGACACACAGGUGAGAAGCCCAUACGAGUGUGAUGUCUGCCCUGCAGUGUUCAGCCACAGCGGGAGCCUACAGCAGCACAAGCGGACACACACUGGCGAGAAGCCAUACAAAUGCGAUGUUUGCCACACGAAGUUCAGCCAGAGCGGGAGCCUACAGAAGCACAUGCGGACGCACACGGGCGAGAAGCCAUACAAGUGCGAUGUCUGCCAUGCAGAGUUCAGCCAGAGCGGUAACCUACAGCAGCACAUGCUGACGCACACAGGCGAGAAGCCAUACAAGUGCGAUGUCUGCCAUGCAGAGUUCAGCCAGAGCGGUAACCUACAGCAGCACAAGCGGACACACACGGGCGUGAAGCCAUACAAGUGCGAUAUCUGCCCUGCGGAGUGCAGCAGGGGCGCGGACCUACAGAAGCACAUGCGGACACAUACUGGAGAGAAGCCAUACAAGUGCGUUCUCUGUCCUGCAAUGUUCAGACAGCGCUCAACCUUGUCACGUCAUAAGCGGACACACACGGGCGAGAAGCCAUACAAGUGCGAUGUCUGCCACGCAGAGCUCAGCCUGAGAGGGACCCUCCAGCAGCACAAGCGGACACACACGGGUGAUAAGCCAUACAAGUGCGAUGUCUGCCACGCAGAGCUCAGCCUGACAGGGACCCUCCAGCAGCACAAGCGGACACACACGGGCCUGAGAGGGACCCUCGAGCAGCACAAGUGGACACACACGGGUGAUAAGCCAUACAAGUGCGAUGUCUGCCACGGAGAGUUCAGCCUGAGAGGGAACCUACAGAAGCACAUGCGGACACACACGAGCGAGAAGCUAUACAAGGUUGAUCCUCUGUCCUGCAACUGUACAGACAGCGCGGAGCCUUGUCACGUCCACAAGCGGACACACACGUUCAAGAUCAGCACAACAAUAGUAGAACUGCAGCCCGACAGCACUGCACUAUUCACUAUGAAUGACCAACUAACUGAGCGACAUCGAGACCAGAGCAAGCCGUGUGCACUUGCAUCCACGUCGAAAACCAGCCUCGAAUGCCACAUGUUUUCACACUGUCACAAUGAGUCUGAAAAGUGUUCCACUACUCCUCCAACGAAUAUUCAGAUGGAGAGAAGGGUUCUGGGUUGUAACAUCUAUCCCGCUGCAUUCUCGUGGUAUGGAAGUGACAAGAACCAUGUGGUGAAGCAUACUGACAAGAGGCCACACAAGAGUGAUGUCUGUCCUGCAGAGUUCAGCCUGAGCGGGAACAUACAGCAGCACAAGCGGACAGAUUCAUGCAAGAAGCCACACAAGUGUGAUGAGUGCCCUGCAGAGUUCAGCCGGAGUGCUCAUCUGCAGCAGCACAAGAGGAUACACACAGGCGAUAAGCCAUACAAGUGCGAUGUCUGCCAUGCAGAGUUCAGCCUGAGAGGGAACCUACAGCAGCACAAGCGGACACACACGGGUGAGAAGCCAUACAAGUGCCAUGUCUGCCACGCAGAGUUCAGCCUGAGAGGGAACCUACAGCAGCACAAGCGGACACACACGGGUGAGAAACCAUACAAGUGCGAUUCCUGCAACGCAGAGUUCAGCCAGAGCGGGCAUCUACAGCAGCACAAGCGGACACACACGGGUGAGAAGCCAUACAAAUGUGAUGUCUGCCACGCAGAGUUCAGCCAGAGCUGGGCCCUACAGCAGCACAAGCGAACACACACGGGUGAUAAGCCAUACAAGUGCGAUUCCUGCAACGCAGAGUUUAGCCAGAGUGGGCAUCUACAACAGCACAAGCGUACACACACGGGUGAGAAGCCAUACAAGUGCGAUUCCUGCAACGCAGAGUUCAGCAUGAGAGGGAACCUACAGCAGCACAAGCGGACACACACGCGUGAGAAGCCAUACAAGUGCGAUUCCUGCAACACAGAGUUUAGCCAGAGUGGGCAUCUACAACAGCACAAGCGUACACACACGGGUGAGAAGCCAUACAAGUGCGACGUCUGCCACGCAGAGUUCAUCCAGAGCUGGGCCCUACAGCAGCACAAGCGAACACACACGGGUGAUAAGCCAUACAAGUGCGAUGUCUGCCACGCAGAGUUCAGCCUGAGAGGGAACCUACAGCGGCACAUGCGGACACACACGGGCGAGAAGCCAUACAAGUGCGUUCUCUGUCCUGCAGCGUUCAGACAGUGCGGAACCUUGUCACGUCACAAGCGGACACACACGGGUGAGCAGCCAUAAACUCUCAACCUCUGUCCUGCAGUGUUCAUCCAUAACUCAAACUUGCAGCGUGAUACAAGUGUGGUCUCUGUCCUACGGAAUAUCACAAAGAGGCGUUUUGAGGCGAGAAGCCACAGAGCCGUUUACUAGGAGAGGUUGGCCAUUGGGAGGAGCCUGUCCCAAAGCGCGCCAUUUGACGUGACACGAUGGGCGGCGCCAAGGCCAGUGGCACCAUUUUGCAUCAGAGCUAUCGCCUUGAAAUCCCCCAUUCCGCCAUUUUGGGGCGGAGGCACAGCCUUGAAAUUCCCCUGUGCCGCCGCGGGUCGUCUUUCAUCCCAGUCAAGUGGGCGGAGCGAUGAUGUCUGUGACGUCACGGCGGCUCCCCCAUCUCCGGGCGGCAAAAGAUCAGAGAAUUGCCAAAUUCUUCCUAUAAACGGCUCUGAGAAGCCAUAGAAGAGCAUUCUCUGUUCUGCAGACCUGAGGCACAGCACAAACCUGCAGUGUAACAAGAAUACCUACAUGGAUGUGAUGCAAUACAGAUGCAACCUCUGUACUGCAGAGUUCAUGUGGAGCAGGAACACACAAAGUUAGAGAAGCCGCUGCUAGAGCUAGUUCAGCCAGAGCACGAAUUUGUGGCUUAAGAUGUAGCCAGGACACUCUUGGGAUAGGGACCAUACAGGUGCGCAGGCACCAAAUACACUUGAAAGAGUGUCAGUGUAGUGCUGUCAUGUGUCCUGAACCCAGAGACCUGAAGAACAUGCUCAUGCACAGAGAGGAGAAGGCGGUACCGAUGCAAUCUGUCUCCCGCCGUAUUUUACUUGUGUUUGACAUUUUGAAACUCGCACGCACGAACAGACCGAGGGUAAAAAGAGUUGGGUUGGGUGCUCACGCAUGUAAAACGUAGAAAAAAAAGAAAACAGUGCCGAGAAACAAACAGACCAUGAAGGGACACCCAUACAGUGGCCCUCAUCUGCUAAGAAAGGGUUACUUCCAUGAACAACAUGCGUUGCAUUGUUUCCUGUUUGCCUCUUUAUUCCUUUGUCUUUUAUUCAUUUUUUUCCUUUAUUCCUCUUUAUUAUGAUGAUGAAUGCUUUUUUUAUGCCUUACAUCUCCUCAACUGAUAACAUGAACAAAUAAAUCAACCAACCCAAAGAAACAAAAGAAAAUAUGUCUACAAGACGUGACAACUUGUAAGAACAAUCCCAACAGUUACCUUUUGUGUUACGAGCAUCUGUUGUGUAAUGUGUUACAAUUUGUAACAGUUUGUGAAUGACACAUCAGGAGAAAUCACGGAGAGACAAUCUUGUGUGGUAUGGGAGAUUAAAAACUGUGAUGUCAGUCUCUAGAACGUUUUUCUUUUUUUUGUUCCGAGAGGGUUGACUUGGACACUGAAACUACUAGAACUACAACUAGGACAACUACUGCUCUACAAAUUUGACGAUACUGGAGUCCUCUCCAAUUGAGAGUGAUAAUAGGGUAGGGUAGGGUAAUAGGAUAAAUAGGGUCCAGAAAUUGAGGCACUAAAAACGAUGGGAGUAGCCAGCCACCUGUUUACGUACUGGCAAGAACGUGCAAGUAUCCAAGGUUAUUGUGAUUUACAAAAGCAGUGACAGAAACUGUCCAUCUAAUUACCGCCCCAUUUCAGUGUUACCGGUCUUUUCCGAUCGUUUUGAAUCCGUGAUUUAUAGAUGA